GCAUCAUUAAUGCGCGUCAGAAAUUUACUGGCUUGAUUAAUUCAGAAAGCCUUCGAUAUAACUUCAUUGUUCGAUCAUGUCUCCAAUCAACUCAAUUAAUUUGUCAAGAAUCUUCUCAAAGCUUGACAAGAAUGGUGAUGGCCUUGUGUGUCUUGAUGAGUUAAAGGGAUUUCUUGAUACAAUAGGAAUUAUUGCAAGCCAAGAGGAGCUAGAGUUGCUACUUGGUAAAACAGGCCUAGACUCUAUUGAUUUUUUCUUCUUCUAUGAUGCUAUCACAAAAACAUAUAUUAAUAAAGGUAGCAAUUAUAAGCACGAGGAUCGAGAAAAUGUUUUCUUGGAAAAUGACCUUCGUAAAGUGUUCAGAGUAUUCGAUUUAAACGAGGACGGAUUCAUAUGUUGUGAGGAGCUGCAAAGAGCAUUGUCAAGAUUAGGAUUGUGGGAUGAACAAUGUGGGAAAGAUUGUAAGAGUAUGAUUAAUGUUUAUGACAAAAAUUUAGAUGGAAAACUUGAUUAUGAGGAGUUUAAGGACAUGAUGUUUGAUAAUUAAUUAGAAUUAGAGGUAUGUAAUAUAAUAUACUAUAAUAUAAUCCCGCUUACAAUCUACCAAGAAAAAAAAAUGUUUUAGUUGUA